UAAUGAUGGGAAAGCUGAUUUGAAUCACUUGACAUAUUGAACGUAGGAAAAGCUGACAUCCGUGUGGGAGGAUGUCGGUGGCUCAGCAGACACGGGGAUGAUGAUGAUGAUGAUGAUGGUUGCCUCCACCUUGGGGGAGGAACCUUCAACGUAACGCAGCGCAAACACACACUCGCUUUGCAUUCGCUCUUCCUCCUUCAGCAGCGCUGCGUCUCCAGCAUUAAUGCAGCCGCAGCCGGGAGAUGCUUCACACAUGUAACCUCGGCUGGAGAUAAAGAGGAAAAACUCACAUAUCCUGUGGACCGUUUUAUUUUUUCCUUUGCUGAAUCCGUCGCUGUGAAAACUCUCGAGGAUGAACAGUAUAAAACAUGUGCCCACUCGGGUGAAAAGCAGGCGGACUGAGGCCAACCUGGGAGCUGAGAGGGAGCAUUUUGACAAACAGCAGCUGAGCAGCAUCAGCAAAGCCAUCAACUCGGCUGAGACGCCUGUGAAGGAGAAACAUGCACGACGAAUCAUCCUGGGGACUCACAGGGAGAAGGGAGCCUACACCUUCUGGUCCUACGCUCUGGGUUUCCCUCUCGCCAGCAGCUCCAUCCUCAGCUGGAAGUUCUGCCACGUACUGCACAAAGUCCUGCGGGACGGCCACCGCAACGUCCUCCAAGACUGCAUGAGACAUCACAGCUCUCUAGUUGAAAUUGGGCAACUAUGGAGCAACCUCCACGACAGAUACGGACAGCUGGUGGCUCUGUACACCAAGCUGCUCUGCACUAAAAUGGAGUUUCAUGUGAAGCACUCGGAAAUCCCACCAAACCUGGAGGUCACGGAUGAAGUCCUGGAGCGCACUGCGGGAACAGAUGUUAAUAAUGUGUUCCAGCUCACAGUGGAGGUGUUCGAUUACUUGGACGCGGAGCUGCGGCUGGCAGAGACAGUGAUGCGACAGCUCAACACAUCCAUCGCCAUCUCCACCCUCACGUCAGGCCAGUGUCGGCUGUCUCCACUCAUCCAAGUGAUCCAGGACUGCAGUCACCUCUACCACUUCACCGUCAAGCUGCUGUUCAAGCUGCACGCCUGUCUACCUGCCGACACUUUACAAGGACACCGUGAUCGCUUCCAUGACCAGUUCCACAGCCUUAAGACCUUCUUCAACAAAGCCAGAGACAUGUUUUACUUCAAGAGACUGAUCCAGAUCCCAAAGCUGCCUGAUUCGCCUCCGAACUUCCUGCACGCAGCCUCGUUGGCGAAACACGUGAAGCCGGUGGUGGUGAUUCCGGACGAGGACGAACCGGAGCAACAAGAAGAUGAGGAUGACGACCCCGAGCCGCUCAUCGAGGUCAGCGACUCACCCAGCAUCCAGCAGUCACAGCCACAGCAGCUGGACAUAUUUGAUCAGGCAUUUGGUCCUCCAAACGGAGGCUUCGACGACAGGGAUCUCCAGAUCGAGAGUCUGAAGAGGGACUUGGAGCUGUUGAGAGCCGAGUUAGAGAGAGUCAAAGGAGAGGCUCAGCGCUACAUCACACAGCUGAAGUCACAGAUCAACAGCCUGGAGGCGGAGCUAGAAGAACAGCGUGCACAGAAACAACGCGCUCUCGUGGAAAAUGAGCAACUGCGCAUGGAGCUGGAGGCCACACGUCGCCGGAACGCCGAACAUGAGAGUGUACAGUUCACGUUCCUCGAGGCAGAACAGAGAGCGCAGGCCACCGAGCAGCGCUACAAUAAGCUGAAGGAGAAGCACACAGAGCUGGUGUCGAGCCACGCCGAGCUCCUGAGGAAGAGUGCAGACACUGUGAAGAUGCUGUCAGCCACCCAGCAGACCCAGGACGAGGUGGAGAGGACCAAACAGCAGCUGUCGUUUGAGGUUGAUCGAAUAAAACAGGAGGCGGACAUGAAGUUGGAGGAGCAGAAGUUUGAGAUGGAGAAGCUGAGGAGAGAGUUGGAUGAGAAGAUGGCAGAAGUGAUGCGCAUCAGAGCGACUCUGCAGAGCAGCGAGAAGACUUCGGAGCAAGUGAGCAGCUCCAUGACGUCUCUGCAGGCAGAGAAGGAGCGUCUGAUGCGGUCGGUGAGCGAGAAGGAGGCGGAGCUGUCCUCUCUGCGGCAGGCUGCGCAGGUGCAGCAGUCGUCACUCCUGCAGGAGCGAGAGAGGAGCAGCAGGGAGGUCGGCGAGCUGCAGGGCAAACUGCAGGAGAAGUCGAGUCAGGAGGAGCAGCUGAAGCAGAAGCUCCUGGAGGAGCAGUUCGCUCUGCUGCAGGGAACCAUCACCGAGGCUGAAAACAUCGUCCAGGAUGCUGUCGCUAAACUGGAUGAUCCUCUUCAUGUACGCUGCACCAGCUCUCCAGAUUACCUCAUAAGUCGGGCGGAGGCCACGCUGGGCUCCAUCGACAAAGUGAAAAAGGGUCAUGCAGACUAUCUGAGUAACAUGAGGGAUGCUGGAGGGCUGCUCAGGGCUCUGACCCAGUUCUCCCACUUGGCUGCGGAUACAAUCAUCAACGGCAGCGCCACAGCACACAUGGCGCCCACUGACCAAGCAGACCGACUGACGGAGAACUGCAGAGGCUGUGCCACUGAAAGUCUGCAGUUCUUCAAAGAUCUCAAGUCCAAGACCUCCCUCCAGAGGGCAGACCCGGCCUCCAUCCGCAUAGUGGUUCAAAAGAUCCUGCACCUGGGCCAGGAGCUGCGACCGAAAGGCAUGGACGUGCGUCAGGACGAGCUCGGAGAUCUGGUCGAUAAAGAAAUGGCUGCGACGUCAGCGGCUAUUGAAGAGGCGGUCCGCAGGAUUGAUGAAAUGAUGAAUCAGGCCAGAAAAGACACGUCGGGAGUCAAACUGGAGGUCAAUGAAAGAAUCCUCUACAGCUGCACAGACCUGAUGAAGGCCAUCCGCAUGCUGAUCAUAGCCUCCACAGACUUGCAGAAGGAGAUCGUGGAGGGAGGGAAGGGCGCAGCGUCGAUUCAGGAGUUCUACGCCAGAAACUCUCGCUGGACUGAGGGGCUCAUCUCUGCGGCCAAGGCUGUGGGAUGGGGAGCCACAGAGAUGGUGGAGUCUGCUGAUAAGGUGGUGCUGCACACCGGCAAAUACGAAGAGCUGAUCGUUUGCUCCCACGAGAUCGCUGCCAGCACGGCUCAGCUGGUCGCUGCAUCGAAGGUGAAGGCCGACCGAAACAGUAAGAAGCUGACGUCGCUCCAGCAGGCUUCUCGCCACGUGAAUGAAAUGGCGGCUAAUGUGGUGGCCUCGACAAGGACGGGUCAGGAACACCUGGAGGAAAAAGACACCAUGGACUUCUCCGGGAUGUCCCUCAUCAAACUGAGGAGGGAGGAAAUGGAGUCGCAGGUGAAGCUGCUGGAGUUAGAGAGCAGUUUGGAGAACGAGCGUCUGCGUCUGGGCGAGCUGAGGAAGAAGCACUACGAGUUGGCCGGAGUUCCUCUGGAGGAGCUUCCUGAGGGGAACGGGGACGCCUCCUUGCUGAGCCAUCCUGUCACCAUGUCUCCAAAACCCAGCAAGCCUGCUGUCAUGAGAAAACCUGCGCUGGCUCAGAAACCCAACGUGCUACCCAAAACCCCGUUGAAGUGAUGCUGAGCAGAAGAGGAAAACGCUCCACUCUCGAAUGUCUGACUUGACCGAGGACAAACGCCUUUCUGUGAAUGAUUGUUCCUUAAGUUAAAGGGUGAUUCUUCUUUUUCUUUGUUCCUUUGUUUUCUGCCAAGAAGCCUGAUUUUUGACUCUGGAUGCCUGUUGGGGAAACGAUGUCUUUACCCCUUUUUUUAAAAGUUACACUUAAUGCCAUCACAACAGAGUCCUUUUUAAUUUAAGUAUGUGGGAACAAGAACAAAAAAACAAAAGGUUAAUAUUUUACUUUUAGGCUGUGUGAAAGUAUUUUUUUUCUGCUUUAUUAAAAUGUUAAAUUUAAAUGUACCGAUUCUUUUAAAAGUCUGAUAAUCACAAAUGAAAGAAUAUCUUGUCAAUAGAUUUUUCAUCAAGCUUUGUAAAACAUCUUUGCACACUGUUUUGGGGUAUUCGAUGCAGAGCACAUAGCGUUUUCUUCUUAAUGUACACUGUGUUCUAUUUAUGUUGUUAUAUAUAUUAAUAUAGGAAACUGGGCAAUCACAUUCUGUGCGUACACGUUGCUGCAAAAGUUUUAACAUACCUCUUGCUUUGCCUUCAUGAAGCAGUACAACCCUCUUGUGUGCAAAACAUCUUUCUUUCUCAACAGUGUAAGAUUGUCUCCGAGGCCUUGAAAAGUACUACUGCAUUGAAUGAUAUCUGUGAAGACAUGUAGUUUGUAUAGGAGUGUGCACCUCACACCAAGUAUAAUUUAUACAUAUACUCAUCUCCUGAAUGUCUCUCUAUUCGAGGAGGACCUGGACAUGUUGUUGAAGCAUAAAGAAUCAAUGCUUGUACAUAAUUAUCGGAUGUAGGCGUCCGUAAUUAUCAAUGCUUCUUUUAGGCUAAAUACGGUGAAUUCAGGGUUAGCUUGCGGAUUAAUAUGAUGGUGUUAAAGUCCUCUUUGCCUCUGGGAGCUUUUCAUACAGGGUCUUAAAAUGCAUCUUUUUAUGUUCUAUCUUUCCUCUGUUUAAAAAUGUCUUUAUACACUCAGAUCUAUUAAUAUAUUUUAGUUAAGAUAAUGGUGGUUUCUCCUUGUAAGAAGUGUAAAUGUCCAACAAAAAUGAACAAUAAAUGUUUGAUUUAAA